AUGGAGGAACGAGAGAAAGCAGCAGAGAGGCAAGCCGAAGAGCUGAUCACAGAGCUGGAACAAGAAGUCAGUGAGCUAAAAAUGAAAUAUGCUCAGCUAGACCGGCUUUCAAGUCCUACAUUCCACCCUUACCAACUGCAGAUUCCUAGCUACCUAAGCAGCAGGAAGCUCCAAACUGAUGUGGGUUUCCACACUCAUAUUUAUUUGGAACCUUUAAGGUUAACGCUGUCUCAACUUCAGGAGGCCUUAGAUGAGAAGAUGAAAGAAAUUGUUUCUGAAGAGCUGAACAUCAUCCGCCAGUAUUCAGUUGAUGUGACUUUAGACCCUGACACAGCCCAUCCUGAACUCCUCUUGACUGAUGAUGGGAAGCAGGUGUGGAAUGGAGGCAAACCACAAAACGUCCCUAACAGUCCAGCCAGGUUUGAUUGGUGUUCCUGUGUCCUCGGAAAGGAGGGGUUCUCUGGAGGAAGAUUGUACUAUGAGGUCCAAGUGAGUGGGAAGACCGAGUGGGAUUUAGGCAUGGCCACUGAGUCUAUAAACAGGAAAGGGAAUGUUGAGUUGGGUCCUGAGAACGGUUCCUGGACUAUAUGGCUGAGGAAUGGUAAUAAGUAUGAUACAAAUGAGAUACCGCCUGUCCAUCUCUCCCUGAAAGAGAAGCCCCAAAAAGUUGGAGUCUUUGUGGAUUAUAUGCAAGGUGUUGUCUCCUUUUAUGAUGUUGAAGCCAAGUACCAUAUUUACUCUUUCACUGGGCAGUUUUUCUCUCAGAGGCUUUACCCAUAUUUCAGUCCUGGUGAAAAUGAAGGGGGCAAAAACUUAGCUCUGCUUAGAUUAUAG